CUCGACUUUAAAAUCAGUUGAGCAUCAGGUAGCAGUCACUGUCCUUUCGAAUCUCCUUAAUAUACAUACAGAAUUGCAGAAAAAAAGUCGGAGCUAUGCAAUUUUUCUUGGCUCUGACAUUGUUUUUAGUCUACAGUUUGGAUACCGCAAAUGGAAGCUGCGAAGGAUCGUUAGAUUUGGCAAAUGGACGAUUCUUCACACGAUCGAACAAUUUAGUGAUUUUCCAAUGCAAUCGCGGAUUUGUAUUGCAGGGAAAUUCAAUACACACCUGCGAUCGGGAUGGUCGCCUUCGCGAGAAGAAACCAUUUUGUGCCAGAAAAGGAUGCGAGAAACCUGAGGAUCCUACAAACGGAUAUGUUUUGGAUAAUCCCGUGAAGGCAGAGAUCGUAUGUUUAGAUGGUUUUGUUCUAUACGGAAGUCGCACUGCCUUCUGCGAUGGAGAAAAGUGGAGCACGCAGCUGGGAGCUUGCCGGAGAAGCAACCACACGAUGGACCACUCCUGUGACUUCGAGAGCGAGGAUCAGUGCGGCUGGUCUGCGGAGGAGACCAUCUGGUUGCCCUGGAAGAGGAUCAGUGCGGUGACGGACUUUCACCACCCCAGAACAGGGCCACGCUACGAUCACACCUUUGGGAACGCUUCAGGUGGACACUACAUGCGCAUGGAGACCCAGAUCGAGGCUUAUGGCAGUUACCACUUCGUAUCGCCGGUAUAUCCGAGAUCCCUCUGUUUAAAUGCCGCCUGCUGCUUCCGGUUUCACUACUUCAUGUUCGGAGCUGGAGUGGACAGGCUGGUGGUGUCCGUGAAGCCAGCCUCGCUGCAGAUCGAUGACAUGUGGAACAACUUUAGGUCCAAUUCCAGCAAAUUUGAAAUAACUAGCUCGCAGGGAACCCAUUGGCUGGAGCACACAAUCACCAUCGACAAGAUGCAUGAGGACUUCCAGGUGGUGUUCACAGCCACGGAUGCAAGGUCACAAUUCGGGGACAUUGCCAUCGAUGACGUCAAACUGAUGACGGGCAGCGAAUGUAGAGUGGGCGGGUAUAGCACCACCACCACCGAACCAGCAUCCUCGGCGAUGUCCAGCAGCGAGGAGCCACUUGUCUUCGACAUGAUGAGCUGUACGUUUCGCUGUGGAUCCAUCAGUCCGGGCAGCCCACUUUUUUCCGACGAGGGUAUUAUCAUGAGCUGCGGCUGUGACGACUCCUGUAUUCUGAACAAUAAUUGUUGUCCCAACUAUUUCGAAAAGUGUGUGAAGGAGUUGGACAUAGAUUCAAAUGUUUUGCUAAACUCAGCGAACACAACGACUACUCCAAGAUCAAGAAAUACAACGACGGGAAAAGUAUUUAGCAUUUCUUUGGAAGCAACCAGAAGUUUUACAACACCAAGGACGAACACGAAUUCGACAACAUUUCCAAGAACUCAAAUAAGUACUAAAAAGUUAAUGAACACCCAUGAAACUUCAACGGAAACUUCAACAAUAGCCACAAGUAACAAAAAGUUGUCUCAACCUUCAAUAUUUAGUAGCCAGCACAUUACAGAAACCACUACAACAGAGCGUUCGAGAAAGGAUUACCAUGAGGACAUCGCAGGUCAGAUGGACAUGAACACAAAUAUUCCGCAUCCAGCUUUGAUAGUCAUGUACCUGCUCAUCGGCGUAAUCCUGGUGAUAGUUGUGGCCAAUCUCAAACAGCUCUGUAAAAUUCUUACCAAGAGCUCAAGUCGAGAUAACGAGAAGGUAGUUAGUUUCAAAAAGGCUUUCGAGGGCCUGAGAAAACCGAGGAGAUUGUCCCAAAAUUGCACUGGCAUGGAUCAGCAUUUGUUCAGUGCCUUCGACGAGGAUUUGGAUUACUUUGAGGACAUGGACAUAAACAUACGCAUGGUGACGGAUUUAUGAGGGGCAUUUCCCAUUCCUUACCUACCUUUCAAAUCAUAUCAAAUUAAAUGGCAUAUAUUGUGACAAUAAAUAUUUAUAAGGAGUUGAAUGUAAUCUGUGACAAAAUAGAUAAUAAAUGAGGUGCAUAAAUACA